UGGUGUGUGGUACACCAGCCAAUCCGCUUACGAGAGAGAUUGCUGUUGCUGCGGCUGCUGGUACUGCUACUGGUAGUGGUAGUGUUACAUACCUAUCUCCAUUAAUGCUGGGAAAAAGGACCAAAGUCUUCAACGAAGAAGAACAUGUUAUAGCUCUAACAUCCUCCAUGAAAACCCACUUCACAAAUCCAAAGAUUUCCAUUGAAAACGCUCUCAUUAUUAGAAAAAUCAUGAAUUUCACAUUUCUCCUUCAUGGGGUUUCUCUAGCUUGCUGAAAAAUUCAAAUUUUCCUGCUAAAACAGAUCUUUACUCCUCAAAAAGAACUGUUUUUGUGCAUUUCUUCUGUUGCUCUUUCUUGGGUUUUCUCCAAUUUGAAAAAAAAAAUAAAAUCGCUUCUUAGUCAUCUAAAGCUGAAAUUUCCAGCAUAUGCUCUGUAUUUCCUUCUGGGUUCUUCUCUAGAGUAAAAAAAUAAAAAAUCCUCAGCUGAAGCAUCGAAUCUUCUUUUUUUUCAUAUGAUUCUGUCUUUUUCAUGGCUUUUCUCUGACUGAAAAGGCUCAGUAUUUCCAUUGAAAUCACCUCAAAAGCCAUCUUCUUUCCUAUCAAUGGCAUAUUCUGGAGCAUUUCUAAUCGUUGCCCUUUCAUGGUUUCUCUUAAUUUCCGAUACACAUCAAUUGCAAUCCUCCCAAACCGAGGUUCUUCAGCAGCUUAGGAAGCAGUUGGAAUACCCAAAACCGUUGGAAACUUGGAAUUACAUGGGGGACCUCUGCAACACGACUUCCUCUCCAGCUUUACGCAUUGCAUGCGUCGGGAAUUCUGUCACGGAGCUCCAUAUCAUGGGCGAAAGGUCCGCCAAGGUUAGUACAUUCGACGAUGGCUCUUCAGUCCCAAAUCAGACUCUAUCACAGGAUUUCUCAAUAGAUUCUUUCGUCACUACUCUGACGAGGCUAACCAACUUGAGAGUAGUCAGCUUGGUCUCAAUGGGGAUAUGGGGCCCGCUUCCUGAUAAAAUCCAUCGUUUGUAUUCGCUUGAAGUUCUUGAUUUGAGUUCGAAUUUUCUGUACGGUUCGAUUCCUCCCAAGAUUGCUGCAAUGGUAAAGCUUCAGUCUUUGACACUGGAUGGCAAUUUCUUUAAUGACACGGUCCCAGAUUGGUUAGAUUCGUUCUCGAAUUUGACGAUGUUGAGCUUGAAGAACAAUCAUUUGAAUGGGCCAUUCCCACCAUCAAUCGGAAGAAUCAGGACUCUUACUGAUCUUGCUAUGUCGCACAAUCAUAUAUCCGGUGGAUUACCUGACUUGAGCAGCUUAACUAGCCUUAAGGUAUUGGAUUUGAGAGAGAACAGAUUAGAUUCUGCAUUACCGCUCAUGCCCAAGGGGCUCAUCACCGUUCUGUUGAGUAGGAAUUCAUUUUCCAGUGAAAUUCCUCAGCAAUUUGGUGAACUGAAUCAGCUUCAACGCCUCGAUCUCUCAUUCAAUUUUCUCCGAGGAAAGCUGCCUGCAGCACUGUUCUCUUUACCGAACAUCAGUUAUUUCAAUUUAGCGUCCAAUAUGCUAAGUGGGUCACUGCCUGGCAGUCUAAGCUGCAGCGGUGAACUUGGGUUUGUUGAUAUUUCCACUAAUAGAUUGACGGGUGGAUUGCCUUUGUGCUUGAGUUCUAAUUCGAACAAGCUGUUUGUCAAAUAUGAUGGGAAUUGUCUGUCUGUCGAUCCUCAGCAUCAGCAUAACGAAUCAUAUUGCGAAGAAAUCGGUGUAAAAAAGAUGUCUGGUGCCAACAGGAUAGGGGUGUUGGUUGGUGUCAUUGGGGGAGUUGCUGUUGUUUUGUUACUACUCGGCCUUGGAUUUCUGGUUUUCUACAGAAGGUAUCGUCUGCGAGGGAAGUCAGAACAGCAUCUAUUGCCAAAGCCUGUUCUGGAAAACAGAUCGAUGGGAUUAUCCUCUGAAGUUCUUGCAAAUGCAAGAUUUAUUUCUCAAGCAAUGAAGCUAGGGACGCAGGGUUCCCCGCUGUUCCGAAUGUUUUCUUUAGAAGAGUUAAAAGAAGCGACGAACAACUUCCAUGAGUCAACGUAUAUGGGUGAUGGUUCAAUUGGGAAGCUCUAUAAGGGAAGAUUGGAUAAUGGGAGCUAUGUCGUAAUACGGUGUUUGGCAUUCUUUAGGAGAUAUCCUUUUCAAAAUCUUAAACUUCGGUUGGAUUUACUCUCAAAGCUUCAACACCCACAUUUGGUCUUUCUUUUGGGGCACUGCAUUGAUUGUCCCCAAGAUGAUUCAACCAUCAACAGAGUCUUUCUUAUUUAUGAGUAUAUACCCAAUGGGAAUCUCCGUUCUCAUCUUUCUGAUCAGGAUCCUGAGAAUGUUCUUAAAUGGUCAGAGAGAUUGGCAGUUCUGAUAGGUGCUGCGAAGGCUGUCCACUUCCUACAUAUGGGGGUAAUUCCUGGUUUCUUCAAUAAUCGUUUGAAGAUCAAUAACAUUUUGUUAGAUGAGCAUCGCAUUGCAAAAUUGAGUGAUUACGGACUUUCCAUUAUUACUGAAGAAAUCGACAAACGUGAGAUGAGGGGUGAUGGACAUAAAUCAUCUUUUCUUGAAAGUAAAUCUCGUUCAUGGCAAACAACAAAAUUAGAGGAUGAUGUUUAUAGCUUUGGUUUCAUACUACUUGAGACACUUAUUGGAUCUAUAGUAUCAGAAAGAGAAGAGGCAUUUCUUCUUAAUGAAAUGGCUUCAUCAUUCAAUAGCCAAGAUGGGCGGAAGCGCAUUGUGGACCCGAUUGUACUCAUGACGUCUGCGCAAGAAUCAUUAUCAAUUGUAAUCUCCAUAACCAACAAAUGCAUAUGUUCUGAACCAUCGGCUCGUCCAUCCAUAGAAGACGUUCUAUGGAACUUGCAGUAUGCAGCACAAGUGCAGGCGACUGCAGAUGGCGAUCAGAGAUCUGAAGUCAUAUCCCAGCUGUAAAUGGGGUCCAAAUUGUAGGAGCUUGCCUUCGGAAUCUCUUCCUUUCGAGGGUAUAGAUAAGGAGAGGAAAUCGACGGAGUCUACACAUCAUUGCAUGCUUUCGGGCCUUUGUAAACAUGUAAAUGGGCAUAUCGAGUAUGCUCCCUUUCUCCUUCAAAUUUAUUCAUUGGAAGUGUAUUAUAAAAGACAUUAUUACAUGAUUUUGCAUGUUUCCACCUUCAGUUUCUUC